GUAGGUGUGGCAUGUGGUAGGACCCAAAUAAAUGUUAGUCCCCUUGCACAACUCAGAGUCUGUACUGUGUGAAACCUGUCUAUGGCCUGCAGGUCCAGGGGAUUCCUUACAGUACCAGCUGUCUCUAUAUCCCCCUUUAGCACUCAUGUGCACUCUUACUUAGUGACAUGGAAGUGCCCCAGUUUAAAUUUCUUACACUUUCAAAAAAUACGAUAGCUUGUAGCACAAAUAAGAAGUAUCUCUGUCACUCAGGGUCCUAGCAGGAAAUGACGGCACAGUCAAAUUAGGGUAAUUUGGAGAGAGGUUUUUUUGUUUUUGUUUUUUUAAGAUUUUAUUUAUUUAUUUAUGAGAGAGAGCACAUGAGAGGGGAGGGUCAGAGGGAGAAGCAGACUCCCUGCUGAGCACAGAGCCCGAUGCGGGACUCGAUCCAGGGACUCCAGGAUCAUGACCUGAGCUGAAGGCAGUCGCUUAACCAACUGAGCCACCCAGGCGCCUGGAGAGAGUUUAAUAAAGUGAAAUUUACAAAGAAGUUGGGAGAGUGUAGAGAAAUCAUAAUGUUGCAGUACUCCAGUACCCACAGCUCUAUUGUGACCACCUCUAAGUCCUAAAGGUUGAGAGGAGGAAGCGGUUUUGCAGAGGGCUUCCUCAAUAAAAGCUGUGAUUUUCAUUGAUCUAGUCCAUUCAGGACAACCUCUUGAAGCAGAAAGCAGGGUGGUGGUUGCACCUGGAGGGGAAAAUAUGUCUGGUAACAGUUUACAACAGCAUUGAUUAAGAGGAGAGUAGGAGUACUGAGCCUGUGGGAGGAGGAAUGUAAAGGCUGUGGGAUGCUGCCUGGCAAUUUUUUCAUUCAUGAGCCCACAUGACUAGCAGCAACUUAGUUCUCAUCUUGGUAAAUUUUCUAUUUCUUCUGUCUAUAAGCCAAGGGAUUUCACUUAAUGAUGUCUGAGUUCUCUGCGAUGGUCAUAGCUACUGUGACUAGGUCCAUAGCAACAUGAUCUUUAAUUCUGAUGGAGGAAAACCUUUUACUUUGCUUUUCAGCUAUAUUAGUCUAGAUAUUACAAACAGGUCGGAAGGAAAAAUAUGUUCAGACAAAAGGUCUUAGCGAUUUCUCACUAGUAUGUGGGGUCAGACUAAUAAGCUUGCAGAGUGAAGUCAUAGUUAAUUAUCACAGGCUUGGAUAAAAUUAGCCUACUACAAAGUUUACAACAAAUAAAAUUUUCUAUCACAAAUAUUUUAACAUUGUUACUCUCAUGAUUACAAAUCAACAGCCUUUGGCAUUAUUAGAAAUCAUCUGUAAGUGUCAGAGAAGUUUUCUGUCCUUGGCAAGUGGAGAGAGUAAGUUACGGAAUAAACAUUACUUUAUGGUAAAAUAGUCACUAACUCUUUAACAAGAUGUAAUAGGUGAUUCAGAGCUUUGGGUUCUCAGCCUAGGUCAACAGUCUUCCGUUCUCUCACCGUUUAUAAUUGAAGUGUUAACUGAGGCUUUGUAACCUCUGACUCUGGCUAGGUUUUCUGGCUAAGGUUACAGAAAAGGGGACUGAUAAUUCUCGGUUUCUACAAGAACCCUGAAAGAGAGGAACUGUCUUCAUUUUAGAUGAGACAACCAGCCGAGCUGCGACUCAACCCACUCGAGUGGCUGCAGAGCCGCUGCCCUUUCCUCUUGCCACUCGGAAUUCUAACUUUCCCUUCUGUGACGCAGCGACUGCUAGCUCCAUAAAGGCACCCAGGACCCGCCCUGCGGGCAGAGAAAAGGGCGCGCCGCGGACGCGAGCCCUGGCAUUUGAGCGAAGGCGCCCCGCCUUCCUGGGCAGGGACCCCGGGAGGGGGCGGGGGCGGGGCGGGGCCUGUAGCCGCGGGAAUCCCAAGCCCGUCCCCUUCCCCACCCCUCCGUGUGUCGCCAUGGCCCCAGCUCUGCUCCUGAUCCCUGCUGCCCUCGCCUCUUUCAUCCUGGCCUUUGGCACCGGAGUGGAGUUCGUGCGCUUUACCUCUCUUCGGCCACUUCUUGGAGGGAUCCCGGAGCCUCGUGGUCCGGAUGCCCGCCAGGGAUGGCUGGCUGCCGUGCAGGACCGCAGCAUCCUUGUCCCCCUGGCUUGGGAUCUGGGUCUCCUCCUACUAUUUGUGGGGCAGCACAGCCUCAUGGCAACUGACACAGUGAAGGCGUGGAUGUCUCGAUAUUUUGGGGUCCUUCAGAGGUCACUGUAUGUCGCAUGCACUGCCCUGGCCUUGCAGUUGGUGAUGCGGUACUGGGAACCUGUACCCAGAGGCCCUGUGUUGUGGGAGGCUCGGGCUGAACCAUGGGCCACCUGGGUGCCCCUGCUCUGCUUUGUGCUCCACGUCAUAUCCUGGCUCCUCAUCUUCAGCAUCCUUCUCGUCUUUGACUACGCCGAGCUCAUGGGCCUCAAGCAGGUGUACUACCAUGUGCUGGGGCUGGGUGAGCCUCUGGCCCUGAAGUCUCCCCGGGCUCUGAGACUCUUCUCCCACUUGCGCCACCCAGUGUGUGUGGAGCUGCUGACGGUGCUGUGGGUGGUGCCCACCCUGGGCACUGACCGCCUCCUCCUUGCUCUCCUCCUUACCCUCUAUCUGGGCCUGGCUCACGGACUUGACCAGCAAGACCUCCGCUACCUCCGGGCCCAGUUACAAAGAAAACUCCACCUGCUCUCCCGGCCCCAGGAAGGUGAGGCCGAGUGAGGAGCUAACCUGGUUCCGAGCCCUGCACUUCCUCUCCUUUAACAUCCAGGCCCUGGCUGCUUCAGACCAGAGGCCCAAAUCUGUGGACUGAAGGGGCUAUCCCUUCCCCUGCUUGAGCCUCCACUCCUUGGGCCCAGCUCCAUACCCUAAAUUCUGAGUUUCAACCACUGGACUCCAACAUCUACUUCUCACCAACCAGGAAGAGGGGGUGGGGAACUUAUCUGUCUCCUCAGUUAGGGCUUGACUCCUCCACCCCCCACCUUAAGAACCUCUUAUAAGGAAGAAGGGUGGGCCUGACCACUUCCCUCCCACUGUUCUGCACCUCAGGGAUCCCCUUCUCCUCUGGCUUCCCUUUCUAGGAGUGGUACUAGGGUCUGCAGGUUUGAUGGUAAUGCCUGCCCUUCCAGGCUCCAAGUGCCAGCCCCCUGGCUAGCCUUGCCAUCUCCUUAGGCCCUGGCCCUGGGCUCUGUCCUCUAACCUAGUUGAGAGGAUCCUCCCACUCUUCAUUUUGGGUGACUAAGAGCUCUCUGCUGUCCUGAGGAACACGCACAGCAGAAAAAUAAAAUUCAGCCUGUUUUUUCUA